AGAAACAUCUCCCUGGGUGUUAGGCUGGCAGCAAACUUUCGGGGGUGGUAAGAACAGGAAGUUAAUUCUCUGACUCCUAGGACACUCCUCUCUCUGCUUGGGGAAGGAACUUCCUGUAAGCAAGGCUUGGGACUUGCUCUCGCCUUCCUCAGCAGCCCUCCUCAAUCUUCUCCAAACUCCCGUCGCCAGGCCACACAGAUUCUCCUCAAGAGAGCCCUGUAAGGACAUUGGUAAAAUGUCACUGCCUUCAGGACACACCAUGGGUCACACUGAUCAAGUUGCUCAAAGAAGAGCAAGAUGUUCGGAUAUUUACCAAAGGAGAUUGAGCAGUAGGUCUGAAAAAGUCAAUCCUGGCAUACAUUCUUCAUCCCAUCAGCAGCAAGAUGGAGAAGCAGCAAUGCAUGGUGCCCACAUGGACUCUUCAGUAAGAUACACUCCCUAUGCUAUUUCACCCUAUAAUCGGAAAGGCAGUUCUCGUAAACAAGACCAAACCCAUGUUAACAUGGAGAGAGAGCAAAAACCUCCAGAGAGAAGAAUGGAGGGGAACAUGCCGGAUGGGACCUUAGGGAGCUGGUUCAAGAUCACAGUUCCCUUCGGCAUAAAAUACAAUGAGAAGUGGCUGCUGAAUUUGAUUCGGAACGAAUGCAGUGUACCCUUCAUCCCAGUUGAAUUUCACUAUGAAAACAUGCAUGCCAGCUUCUUUGUGGAGAAUGCCAGCAUCGCCUAUGCACUGAAGAAUGUCAGUGGCAAGAUUUGGGAUGAGGAUAACGAAAAGAUAUCAAUCUUUGUCAACCCUGCUGGUAUACCCCACUUUGCGCAGAAGGAGCUGAAGUCAGAAAAGGUGGAGAAGAUAAAGCUGGCCAUGAACCAACAGUGUGAUGUCUCCCAGGAAGAUCUGGAUAUCCAGAGACUCCCUUUUUACCCAGACAUGAUGACCCGUGACACUAAAAUGGCGUCGAAUCCUGGAAAGUGCAUGGCUGCCUCCCUGCACGUCCAUGAAGAGAACAUACCUAUGGUGAUGUCUGCAGUGGGGAUGGACAAAUGGAAAGGGACAGAGCCAGGAGAGAAGUGUGCGGACAGAAGCCCAGUGUGCACCACCUUCUCGGAUAACUCCAGCAACAUAAACUCCAUCCUGGAAUUGUUCCCCAAAUUAUUAUGCCUGGAUGGCCAGCAGUCACCCAGACCAACUCUGUGUGGUACUGAAGCCCACAAGACGUUACCAACCUGUAAGGGAAGCUUCUUUGGAUCUGAGAUGUUGAAGAAUCUGGUCCUGCAAUUCCUGCAGCAGUAUUACUUGAUCUAUGACUCUGGAGAUCGACAGGGUCUCCUCAGUGCUUACCAUGAUGAGGCCUGCUUCUCCCUGAGCAUUCCCUUCAACCCCGAGGACUCAGCCCCGAGCAGCUUGUGCAAGUACUUCAAGGAUAGCAGGAAUAUAAAAAUUCUCAAGGACCCCUACCUGAAGGGGGAGCUGCUGAGGCACACAAAACGUGACAUUGUGGACUCCCUCAGUGUGUUGCCCAGAACUCAGCAUGACCUCAGCUCCUUCCUGGUGGACAUGUGGUGCCAGACGGAAUGGAUGCUCUGCUUUUCUGUCAAUGGGGUGUUCAAGGAAGUGGAAGGACAGUCUCAGGGUUCUGUUCUUGCCUUCACUCGGACCUUCAUCGCUACCCCUGGCAGCAGUUCCAGUCUGUGCAUCGUGAAUGACAAGCUCUUUGUGUGGGAUACCAGCCACCAAGGGACCCAGAGUGCCUUAUUCACCCUAGUGCCCACAGCCUUCUCCAGAGUGCCUGCCUUCUCCCAGGAGCAGCAGAAAAUGGUGCAGGUUUUCUCUGUCCAGUCGGGGAUGAACUACCAGGUGUCUCAGAACUGCCUUCAUAACAACCAGUGUGACUUCGUCCAAGCUCCUCAUGUUCUUGCACGGCCCAAGAUGUAUUUCCCUGUGACUGAACCAGGAGAUCUGGCUCGGGCUAAGAAACCAAAGCCCAACUCACAGGGUUGACUCUCAUCCUUCCAAAGGGGUCAGUUCUGUGCACUUGUCCACCCCUGUCACCCCCAGGAUCUCUGUUUCUUUUCACAAUAAAGAAUGAUGUUGCUUGUUAUGUCAAA